AUGGUGGACGACAGGUAUAAAUAUGAGUACGUCUGCGUGUCGGUUGAUCUGUGUCCCCGUCGUCUACCAUCACUACUUUCCUUCCCUGCAUACGAGAUGAGGUCGUUGUUCUUGUUAGCGGCUUUGUGCUGCCUAGUGUUGUCGGUAUGCGGUAGCCCUAUCGCCCGACCGGAGGAAGAGAAGGAAGUGGGUAGGCAAGCUGCGGCUGCAGCUCCUGCAGCACCCGCGGCAGCCGCUGACGACGAUGACGAUGAUGAUGACGACGACGACGAUGAUGAAGACGUUGACAUCGAUGAUGCAUUAACAGGUGACGAUGAUGACGACGAUGAUGAUGACGACGACGACGAUGAUGAUGAAGAGGCUGAUGACGACGAUGAUGAUGACUACCUCGAGAGGUUCUUCGAUGACAUCUUAGGAGGAGAAGAAGACGAUGAUGAUGACGAGCCUGCUGCCGUCCAGCCCGUGGUAGCGCCCGCCGACACUGUUGCGGCCGCGCCUGCUGCACCUGUCGCUGCUGCAUCCGCUGAGGAUGUCGCCGCCGUCGCUGAAGAGGCUGCUGAGGGAGAAGCAGAGGCUGUUGAAGGAGAAGAGGGAGCUAUCGCACAAAAAGAGCCCGCCAGCGCUGAGGUCGAAGCACCUGCUGAAGCCGCUGCUGAAGUUGCUGAGGCUGAGGCUGAGAAUGAGGAGGAUGAUGAUGAUGACGAUGACGAUAUUGGCAUUGAUGCCGUUGGAGAUGACGACGACGACGACGAUGACGAUGAUGACGAGGCCGAGGAUGACGAUGAUGACGAUGACGACGACAUCACCGACGCGCUCGGCAGGAACAUCUCCGCUAAGAACGCACGUGAGUCCAAAAAGCUGAAGGCGAGCGUCGCGGCGUAUGCGAAAAAGGCCGGAAAAAAAGCCAACCAUCUGGGUAAAGUAAAGAAAACCAAAGCGACAUCCGCCGCGGCAGUCGCCGCUGAACACAAAAAGUUCAGAUAUUUGUCUUUACCGCCAAUAAAUUUAACAGGCGCUCUCAGUGAUGAGACCACAAAGAAGCCGACGACAGUCCCCGCUAUCUACAUCGUCAAGUACAACAGAUUCGUUGACAACAUCUUGGAGAAAAUGAACGACAUUCUGAGGACAUCGUACGACCCCGUCAGUGUCAAGUUGCAGCCAAUCGACGCCAACAAGAAGACCUCCAAGCCAAAGAAGGGUAACAAGACCAAACCAAAAAGGAAAAGCUCAAACAAGAAGAAGAAUACAGCGCGCGGCAGUGAAGCAAAUAAAACCAAAGAGAAAGCAGUAUCUGAGAUCCCAGAGACAGUAAAGGAAGAGAUUACUCAAGUUAAUGAUGUGAAGCCUAACGAAGUAGUUGGAGAGCAGACUCCUGUUGCGGAGGAGCCAAGAGCAAUUAAGGAAAAGGCUUCAGAGAAAGCCAAGCCUACAGUAACUAGGAAGCCCGCUGUAAAACCACCUGUUAAAGCCCCUACUAAGGCGACGAAACCCAAACCGAAACCAACGAAGACUACAACAAAGAAACCAGCAACAAACAAGACCAAGAAUAAGACUAAGACUUCGGAGAAGAGCAAGCCAAGGGCAAAGGGAACGUUAUACGGCCUGUCAUCUUUGAGGAGGACUGGAGAUGUAUCAGUUAGCAUCAUGGCUGACCACACGACUGUCAAGAGUAACUUUGCUGUUGGACCACUGAUACUCAGAGUCGAGAAAGAGGUUGGCCGUGGAGCUAAAAAAGACAUCCGAUCAGCCACAGCAACUACAGCUGAGAUGCUGGGAAAAUUAACUCUGAGAGUAAACAACCAAGGCGUCGCUACUCUGCAUACCAUUAAGGUUCUGCAGCCUAAACAGGUUCGAGUGGAUAGCAACAAUGAACGUACCAGGGAACUUGUAUGGCAACGCAGCGCAAGAAUAGCACAUGUCGUCUCAGAGAAACUUCUCUCUGCAUCCAAACCAAUGUUCCACCAACAAACCGUCGUCAAGCAAUGAAUUUUAGACAUUAUUACAAUGUUAUAGAGCACAAUUUAGCUUUAUAGCAAGGGUUAGGGUGAUGGGAAGUUGUACUAAGAUAUUGCAUUUAAGAAGCCGACUCGUCAGACGCGUAGAUUUAAAAAAAAAACGAUUUAUACACUACAGAUUUUUC